UAGUAGAACACACUUUAAAAUAUCGAUUUUAGCUAGCUAGUGAUUUUUAAACAAAAUUGUACAUCUGUGAAUUAGUGCCAGCAAUAAAAGUGAUCUUACAAACAAAGCAGUCAGGGCGACUAUUCUAGAUGUGAUGAAUUAGAGAUGAUUAGUGAGCAAGGUCUUAGUUUACUACUUACUAUCAUGUAAACAAUCUCGAAAACAAAGAACGUUUACCUUAUGAAUCGUAAGUAGGUUACAUUCCAACAGCGAGUGAUUUCCGAGCUCAUUAUAUUUUAGAAACACCAUAGGUUGACUUCAAAAGCAAAUGUUAACAUGAACCUGGGUCUUACUUUUGAGCCUGAGACAAGGAGAGGCAGCCGCCCUCGUGCUCUAGAACGGUCGCUUAGCUACUCCGAAGCCAUUGGAAAUGGCUCCAAGCGCUCGUCCAUAGAAAUACCGCGCAUCGUCGACACGGACGUAUACAACAACGAGGAAUUGAAAAAACAAUACAGAAUAUCCCAAAUAGAAGGUAAAGAAAUUGCUUUCCCAACAGUACAGGUAAACUAUGAUACCCACGUAAUACCGUCAACGCAAAGUUUCGUUACUGGAAGCUCGAUAUAUUCCAGUGAAGAUGACCAAUGCCAGGGUCUGGUGAUGACUAUAGACGUGGAAACUGAUAGCCCGACUACUGGUACGACGAGACAUUUGUCAGAUGCGUCAACAAGGCCACUAGUGAGUUCGAAUGUAACGAGUGAGAAUAUUUACGAUACAAUUGAAGUGGUAGAGAGCGUUUACGAAAACAUCGAAAACGAUCAUGACACGAGACCACCUUCUCGAGGUUAUUCAUCGCGACUGGGCAAACGGAAGAAGAACAGACAUCGACGUAUUGCUGGCCGCAAGACGCGCUCACGACGCGUCGUCUGCAAAGACGGCGAGGAGAACGUGCCCGUGCGCAGCAACAUCCCCGCCAAGUCCAUCAAGUACGCGCGCGACAUCGUCAACACAGUCAUCAACGCAAAAUGGCGUUUCAUCCUGCUGAUGAUGGUGGCAGCCCACUUCGUGUUCUGGUUGCUGUUUGCGUCCAUCUGGCUGGCUGUGUCGACCUCGUACCGAGAUGAUAUCGGGGACGACAAGGACCAUUGCGUCAUCGGGACCUCGUCCUUCGCCGGCCUGCUGAUGAUGGCCGUGGAAACGCAGAUGACGAUCGGGUAUGGUGUCCGAUAUCCGAGUGAAGAAUGUCCAGAGGCCAUCAUUGUUAUGGUUUUAGAGAUAGUAGCUGGCACGGCAUUGUCAGGCGGACUCACUAGUUUGUUGUUCACUAAACUAGUGAGACCUAAUCGCCACGUUACUUCUGUGGGAUUUAGCAAGAAAGCUACAAUAAGCCUCCGCGACGGACAGUUAUGCCUGCAGUUUCGGGUGUGGGAUCUACUGAAUGUACACUUGAUCGACAGCACCAUAACUGCUUACAUGCUCAAACCGAUCAGGACUCUGGAGGGUGAGAUGAUGCAGAACUACAUCUACCAGUUGAAACUGAAGGAGGCGCGGGCCUUCCUGCUGUGGCCGAUCACUGUGACACAUGUGAUUGACGUAACGAGCCCGCUCUAUGAGUUCUCUGCUCAGGACAUGAUGGACUAUAGAUUCGAGAUCGUGGUUUGUCUGACAGGAGCUUCGAAGAAUAUGGGAACGGUGACACAAAGCCGAACAUCAUACCUUUCUAAGGAGAUAAACUGGGGGUACAGAUUCAAGAACGUGUUAAGAUGGUCGAAGCGAAACGAGUCGUACAUCAUCAAUGUAGAAGACCUAAACACCAUGGAGCAAGUGGAAACCCCACUCUGCAGCGCGAGCCACCUCAAGCAUUUCGAAAUCAUGUCCUCUGCCGAUCUAUCCAUACCAGCCAGCGCCUCCUUCCAAGGCAGUCUGACGAAGAACACGUCUUCUCUCAGCCAAGACCAAGGAUUAGGCAGAAACCCCGAGUCACUUCCUUCAACGGUGCCAUCCACUCCCAGUUUUGGACCCUCUGGGACGCAAAGAAGUUUAAAUUGGACGUAUAAGAGAAUCUUACCGGAGAAUGUUAUGAAGAUGCAAUAAUUUAUCUACUGCUGAGCGGUAGCCGCCUGUUGUGUAUAAUAUUAAUCAUGUUUCACUGUUGUUGUAUUAAAUUAUUUAAAUGUAAA